AUGUCUACUGCGGGAAAGAUCAAGGAGGAACCCACGCAGGAGUUUCAACCGGUGCUUUGCGACAUGUGUCUGGACGCCCAGGUGCCCGCUAUGAAGACCUGCCUCAAGUGUGAGAUCUCCAUGUGUGCCCAGCACCUCCAGGCCCACCUCACCACGCCAGUCCUGCUGCAGACUCAUCCCCUGACCAAGCCCACAGCGCCCGGGGGCCUGAGCUCUGGAGCCGUCCGCUGCCCGGAGCACGGCAAACUCCUCGAGUACUACUGCUUGGACGACCGCACCUGCGUGUGUGUGUCCUGCUCUAUCGAGGACCAACAUCGGCUGCACAACAUGAAGACCCUUCCCAGUGCUCACAAGGUGCUGGUGGAGAAGCUGAGGGAGGAGAUGAUAGAGCUGGCCGAGCGAGAGAAACAGGGCGAGGCACUGAAGAGCUGGGAGACUAAGCAAACAAAUGCCCUGGAGGUAUCCACCGAGUAUCUGGUGAAGAGGGUGGCAGCACUACGUGAUAUUGCUCUCACCAAAGUGCAGAGGUCAGUCACAGCUCGUCUUGGAGCCAUCCAAACAGCUCGACAGAACAUAGAGGCAGCCCUAUCAGAAGAAGAUGCCCAUAUGUUUCUGCAGAAGUUUGCAGGAGUGCACGAAGCUGUGGAGAAAGCCCGCGCUGUAGACUUCAUCCAUGGAUUAGAAGAGGAGGCAGAGCGCACCGAGGUCGUGCCAGACCUUCUCAAGAAUGGGCAUUAG